UACAAAUGCUCAGACAGUUUCGUUCUCUCGUGCAGAGUGGAAGUUGUGUCUCCUUUCUUCUGCGUCGGUUAUUCUUCGUUUUCGUUGAUAUACAACAUCGUGGUAGAAGAGCGACCGGGGAAGAAGCAAUAAACAAUAAAAGCACGUAGACACGUGCUACGGGGCUAAGCCUACACACGGGGAAACGUGUAUACGCGAGUGAAGAACUAACGGAAGAGUACCUCGAAGACAGGAACAGUGAUCGUGAACAGUGACUCUUGGUUCGCUGGUCCUCGUCGGUUUUGCUUUUCUGGCCUCGUUUAUUCUACCGCACGCGCCGUUUAGGUGCCAUCGUCGGAUUUCAAAGAAGACCGCCGCAUCGAAGCAUCCGUGUUUUGCUGAUGCGUCGUUGCCGCAUUGUCGUGACGCGAUUCGUCGAGCGUGCCGUGGUCCGCAGCCAGUCAGAGCGGCUGGCGAACGGUACGGAGUGGUGAGAGACUAGCAAGUGAGGGGAAGAAAGUGAUAGUGUCGUCAGUUCUCGCUCGGACUCUGUGACUUACAGAUCGUACGAAGAUCUCUGGUGAAAACUGCAAAAAAAGAGAGAAAAGAAACGAUUGAAUCAUAAAACGGAUGGUGCGUAGGAGGACGGUGUCCAUAGUAUGACGAUCGCGAGUGGUACUUCCUGCCGAGUUCGCGUUCGCACGGGAUUAGGCGCCUCGUGAACGAUACUCGUGACUGGAUCCGAGGAGCUCCACGGAAUAAAGAUCGUAUACGUACGGAAUGCGCCUUCGUAGUUGGCACAUUGUACGACCAGUGCGCCCACGCGAUCGUGUAAUCGAUUGAUCGCACGCAGGUGCCGAGAAACGUGCACGCGCGCGUCAGAAUUCACCACUGACGGAAAAGUGGUAGUUACGACUUAGUCAACCUAGAAUCCGCAGUCGAUUUUUGGUUUACUGCUUCAGAAACAGCUGCGCAUAGAAAACGCUGAGGAAAAAGUGACCGGUGGUAACUCGAUUAACCCGGAUAAACAGCCGGUGAUCGAUCUGAUAAUCUCGGGGUGUUCCGUUGAUUUUCUUGACGUCGAACGGUACUAGAAAAGGGCGGCAAACUGUACGGGCACAGGGAGGAAGACAUGCUCACGAUGGAGACGGACAUGAAGGGCGGCAAUCUGCACGCUCAGAUGCCACCGCAUCCGCACCAGGGCGUAUCGCCGAUGGGUCACCACACGGGGAUGUCUCCUUACGGUAGUCUCGGCUCGAUAGUUCACAGCCCGGCGCUAUCGGGAAGUCCGCCCAGCGCGGGCGGUCUGAGUCUUGGUCUUCAGCAUCAUCAUCAGACAUCUCAGCAUCAUUAUAGUUCGAUGGCAGCCGCCGCCGCUGUUCAGCAACAGCAGCAAAACAUGCACGCAAUGGCAGCGCAACAGAGUGCUCAGCAGCAGCAGCAACAGCAGCACCAUUCUCAUCAACAACAGCAACAAUCGCAAUCGCAACAGCAUCAUCAGCCUAAUAAUCAUAGCAAUCCUAAUAAUCCCAACAACCCUAGCAACUCUGCCAACGCCAAGAACAACAAUAUGGACCGCGUGAAGAGGCCGAUGAACGCCUUUAUGGUAUGGUCGCGCGGUCAGCGGCGCAAGAUGGCUCAAGAAAAUCCGAAAAUGCAUAACUCUGAGAUCUCGAAACGCCUCGGCGCCGAAUGGAAACUCCUUAGCGAGUCGGAAAAGCGUCCGUUUAUCGAUGAGGCGAAGCGAUUGCGCGCAGUUCAUAUGAAGGAGCAUCCGGAUUACAAAUAUCGACCACGACGCAAGACAAAGACGUUACUCAAGAAGGAAAAGUUUCCGCUCGCUGGCGGCGUCACCGGUGUUGGCGGUAUGCUCGUCGAUCAGCGACAAGUUGUCACCAGCGGCGGGCCGCAGCAGCCGCAAUUGUCGCGUGAUGUCUAUCAAAUGUCCAACGGCUACAUGCCUAACGGUUACAUGAUGCACGACCCAACAGCCGCGUACCAGCAACACGUCGCAUACGGCGGUCACAUGGGGAACGCUGCGGCGGCCGCUGCAGCCUCGGCUGCUGCCUACCCCAGGUACGACCCUAUGAGCCAUCACAUGGGCGGCGGUAGUCCCAGCCCUAUCAACAACUACAUGAACGGAUACGGCGGAUACGGCGCUACCACUGUGCCCGGCGGCUCGCCGUCACCUUAUCACCAGGCUCAACCGGGCUCUCAGAUGUCAAGUCAUAGUCCGAGCGGCAGUAGCAUAAAAUCCGAACCGACGAGCCCGGCGAGCGGCGGCAUCCACACGCCGACGCCGACGGCUGGUCCAACAUCGACGAGCGCGGCUGCGGUCGCCAACCAGGCCGUCAAGCGGGAAUACAUGGGCCAGCAGCAAGCGAGCCAGCAAACGUCGCAGGGCGACCACCUCAGGCACAUGAUCUCGAUGUAUCUACCACACGGCCCCGAUCAGCCCGGUGCGGGCGUCUACUCGCCGGGACCAUCGCCGGACUCUCUGCAGCAUCACGCCAUACAACCGCUCUCACACAUGCACUAGUCAAUCACGAGUUUAUCAAUAGUAACAUCUCCAUGGAUAGGCUCGGAGAAAUAUGACUAAAGAAACGAAGCAUAAUAUUUACAUUUAAACGGAAAGGAAUGUUUUGGAUCAUUGUAACCGACGAUAUAGUCUUCGCAUUGCCAGAUGAGAUUUGAUCGAAAGAACCAUGCGUUCGACUCGCGACGCUAAUCUUUUAUCAUUGAAUUGCUGACAAAGUUUUACAAAGGUAAUGCAGUUUAUUCCGAUUCGACGAUGCUGAUUGCACCGACGCUCACUCCGAAUAACGAGAAUUAUCGAUAAUCUUUGUCAAUGUCAUUCGGAGAUUAUCAAUCUUCGCGAAAUUCGUGACUCGAGCGUUAUAGACUCGCAGGAGAUCCGUCUUGUGAUUUGUAUUUUCAUAAAUUGUUUUAUCAAAUUGCCAUAUUUAAUUGUUAAAAAGAUAAAUAUUA